CGCUCGCUGGCUCGCCUGAGGGACUCGAGCGGCGCCGAGGGAGAGCGGAGCGGGGCGAGCCUUUCUGUGGCGCGGCCGGCCGGCGCGGAGGGGAAGAGCCGGGCCAGCCGGGGCGUGGGUUCGGCAGGAGCGAUGCGCGCUCGGUGCCCCCCCUGGGCCAGAGCGGACGAGCAGCAGCGGGAGGAAGAGAGGCGGCGGCGGCUGUCGUCGCCUCCGCCGUGCGAAUGAACUGAGGCCCAGGCCCCUCGUCGCCGGCCAGGCCCGCGCCGCCUCUGGCCCACCCGCCUCUCCGGAGCGCCGAGCUGCCUCCGACUCCCCUUCCUUUCUGGCAGCCGGAUCUGAAAGGACAAGACAUCAUGGGAGCAUUUUUAGAUAAGCCAAAGAUGGAGAAGCACAAUGCCCAAGGGCAGGGCAAUGGACUACGUUACGGGCUAAGUAGCAUGCAAGGUUGGCGCGUUGAGAUGGAGGAUGCACAUACAGCUGUAAUUGGCUUACCAAAUGGACUUGAUCGAUGGUCUUUUUUUGCUGUGUAUGAUGGGCAUGCUGGAUCCCAAGUUGCCAAAUAUUGCUGUGAGCAUUUAUUAUAUCACAUCACACACAAUGAUGAUUUUCUAAUGGGUGGUGGUCCACCCUCCGUGCAAAAUGUAAAGGCUGGAAUCAGAGCAGGUUUUCUGCAAAUUGAUGAUCAAAUGAGGCUAAUCUGUGAGAAGAAACAUGGUGUGGACAGAAGUGGGUCAACAGCUGUGGGGGUCCUGAUCUCUCCCCAGCAUACCUAUUUUAUCAACUGUGGAGACUCUAGAGGUUUGCUUUGUAGAAACAGGAAGGUUUAUUUCUUUACAGAAGAUCACAAGCCGAGUAAUCCACUGGAGAAGGAGCGCAUACAGAAUGCAGGUGGUUCAGUAAUGAUUCAGCGUGUGAACGGAUCCCUUGCUGUGUCUAGAGCACUUGGAGACUUUGAUUACAAAUGUGUCCAUGGGAAGGGCCCUACAGAGCAGCUCGUCUCCCCUGAGCCUGAAGUUUAUGAAAUCGAGAGAUCAGAAGAUGAUGAUCAGUUCAUCAUUCUGGCUUGUGAUGGUAUCUGGGAUGUUAUGGGAAACGAAGAGCUGUGUGAAUUUGUAAGAUCAAGACUGGAAGUCACCGAUGACCUUGAGAGAGUUUGCAAUGAGAUAGUCGACACCUGCUUGUACAAGGGUAGCCGAGACAACAUGAGCGUGAUACUGAUUUGUUUUCCAAAUGCACCAAAGGUAUUACCAGAGGCAGUGAAGAGAGAGACAGAGCUGGACAAGUUCCUGGAAAGCAGAGUAGAAGAGAUCAUAAAGAAGCAGGGUGAAGGAGUGCCGGACUUAGUCCACGUCAUGCGUACGUUACAAACGGAGAACAUCCCAAACCUUCCACCAGGGGGUGAAUUGGCGAGCAAACGGGGUUUGAUUGAAGCAGUUUAUAACAGACUGGUCCCUUAUAGAAAUGAUGAGACUGACUCUGCAUCAACGGAUGAAAUGUGGUAAAACUGCCAUCUGAGCUGUGGAGUUUACAUCCAUCCUCUCUGUGGAAAACGCACCCAACUCACAGUGACCCUUCUUAACGUCCAUCCUCCACCUUACUUAAAGAAGGGGGAAAGAUGUGUCGGCGAAAGUGGCGACACCAGGAAUCAGCAGUCCUACACCUACUUAGCCCAGGAACUGAUGAUCUAUUUUGCAAAACACCCUCUGUAAACGUGAUAUUGAAAACCAUAAUGUUGUAAAUUGGACUCUGAAAACAAUUUAUGUUGUAUGAUUUUUUUUUGUUUUGUAAAGUGCAAUUGUGGUUGUACAAAAUGCUUAUUUAAUAAUGAUCUGCUUUACAUCACUCAAGGUUAGAUUAAGUGCUUGGUUUGUUGUUCAGUGCAACAAAUACCCAGCCCUUUUCCAUUCAUAUUUGUGGUUCUGGACUGCUGGGAGCAGCAACCUAGCCAGCUAAAUGCUCAGGAGGUGCACAGAAAUAUAAAAAGGAUAUUUUAUGUAAAGCAGAACAUCUAAGUUAGAUCAUUGGUAACUGCAGUAUGGAAAAUAACUGGAAUACAGUUCAUUCUCCAUCAGACUUUUAAUUGUCUUGUUCUCGAAUUCCUCCAGGGAGCCUAAAACUCCCACUGAAAUGUGUGGGAGGUUUAGCAGAAAUAGGGACAGGUUUGCCAAUAUUGGAACAUUGCCUUUAUAACUACAAAUUCGGCCUGGGCGAGGGAGGGGGGGCUGUGGAAUAGGGAAGAUUUAAAAUGCCUUGAUUAUUUGCACCUUUUUUUUAGAACAAAUCAUUUGGCUGUAUCCUAUUGCUCUGCUAAGGGUAGUGCUUUCCUCUGGUGUAGUAUUUGCGUUGGAGGAUAACACCGCUGUAGUAAGCACAGCAGAGUGGUAGGAGGCAACCCUUUACCCACAGUUAAUUCUCUGUUGUAUGAAAGGCUGCAUCUUUCUAUAUUCAGUGGGCGCCUGCUUCAUUUUUAUUCUCCUGAUCGGCUGGACUGGCUGCUGUUCUGAGUAAAAUAUUUUGAAUUCCAUUUUGUCAAUAAAGCUUGAUUUAACAAACAAGAAAUUUAACAAUAUAUGUGUAAUUCCUCCCUCCCCUGUCUUCUGAAAUAUUUGUAAAUGAGAUGUCAUAUGUGGAUAAUUAUUUUUUAUUAAAUUGUUGCCCAUUUAUGAAAUGGGAAGAAACCUUGACUGUUGCCUAAGGCAUAGAUGGACUCUUUUUUCCCCCUCAGUUAGUGGGUAGUAUGGCUUGAAAAAAUGGAAUAAUCUAUUUACAUGAUUUUUUUAUUUUGUGAGAACCACCUGAGUUUAUAUUUUCUUUUUGUUAAUGAAAAUUCAUUUGUCAGAGCCUUGACAAUCUUACCUUUUAUGGUAUGUUUUAUAUGACCCCUGUUAACUUAGAACAAAAAACCCUGCUAGUGAUUUAACAAUGUGUCAUUUGAAAUACAGCAUGUUCAAAAUAUUAAGUGUUCAGAUUUAACUGAAGUUAAAAAAACCUGUAAAAGUAAUACAACUAAUUUGACUUUUAUUCUACAGAGCAUACAAAUAACUUUUAAAAUCAGUCAGGUGUUUGCAGAAUUACUAUUUCAUGCACCUUGUAUUUUGUCUUUUUUUUAAGUUGAAGAUAUUGUAUGAUUAAUAUGUAGCUUUCUGUAAGUUCAGUCAGCAGAUGCCCCCCCCAAAAGAAAAUCAACAAAAUAUAAAUAGGCUGUAGCAAUGUAGUUAGAAAUUUUUUUAAAAAGGUGUAAAAUGUACCUUUUUAUAGGAAGCAAUGUACAAUGUGUUUUUUUCUAUAUCUGUCUUUCUCCCCCCUAACUUUGAAAUAUACAUUUGUGUGUAUAUAUAGCCUUAAAACUAUUGCAGAGUUAGGGAUUGUUGAACAGUGAGACAGUAAUUUAAGUAACUGUUUCAAUUAAGAGUAGCGUUAUACCAGCAAACACUUUAUUUUAUCCCUCUUGUUUGUGUCAGGUGCUUAAACUUAACAUCAUUGUAUUCAGUUUGUAACCCUCAUUCAGAACAUAAGUGAAAAAAGCACUAUUUGUAUUUAUAAAUUUUUAGCAAUUUGGGGGUUAAAGAACCAAUCCCUCACAUGAUCUACAAAUCAAUGCUUAAAAUAAAGAAUUUCUUUGAGUUCAAACUAUAAAGUUGUCAGUGGUAGCUUCACGAGCACCUAAUUAAGACACAUGUUUGAAAUGCUACAUGGGAAGCUAGCUGAGAAAGCUGAACAGGCGCUAGUGCUGGAAAGAAAACUGUUCCUUUUUUUUCCUGUGUAAAAGUAGUCAUAGUUCUAAAAAUCGCAAAACCUCUGACCGGGUGGAAGCUAAGGUUUAAAAUCUUUAAAAAUCGCAAGUAGAAAGCCAUAUGUUAAACAAUGAUAAUUUUAAGUGUCAUAAUGACAUAGCACGUAUUUUAAAGUUGCUACAGGUGCACCCUUUAAAAAUAUAUAUUUUGUUGUUACUAUUAGUGCUGUCAAAGGGUCGUGGGCUAAAAGAAGCUCAGCGUUUGCAGAUUCCCUUACCUUACGUUUGGCACUUUAAAGUGGUCAGAGCACUGUGUCAGUUAUGCCUGCUUAAUACACUGCUAUUUUAUGUAUACCAAAAUGAGAUUAAAUCCAUGUAUUCAACGCAUCACAUUCUAGCAAGGGACUUACUCUUGUUCAUAAGUCUGCAAAAAAGAGAAAAAAGCACUUUUCAUUUUUGCAACUUUUUUAAAAAAAUGCUAAAAAAUGUUGGAACACCUCAGGGGCAAUGCAGCAAAGCUUUGAAGAAUUGUGUGCUAUUUAUUUCCCUAACUGGAGGGGGAGGUGUGGUUUCCUGUGUGCUGAUAAAAUAAAGUAAUAUGAUGGUCCCAAAUUUAUCUAAAAGGUGUUGAUAUUUUGUACAUCUGGGUGUUUUUUUUUUACUUUAUAUGCAUGCUGCUUUGUAUAACUUCAUUAAAUUUCUGACUUACUAUAGUA